CUGGGAACUCAACCAAACACCUCUCUGAUGAGCACCGUGGCACAGCAUGAGGCGCGGGCUGAAAGGCUGAUACGGAGUAGACCUUCCAUAUGUAGCAUCGCUUGUUAAGUAGACGACACACAAACGAAAGGACGAGCUUAUAUGUGGCUUGUUUGUUGAGACGAGAGAGGAAGGUGAGCUCUCCGAUAAAGAUGUCAUGUCUUAGUUUUUUCUCAUCGUCCUCGGGCUAUUCAGCUUGGAUCUCACGGUCUGAAAGAGUGCAAGUGGUUCAAGUGGUAGCGUUCAUAUCAGACUCCACCAAAACCACAUGGGUAUUUUAGCUGAAGAAUAUUAUCAAGUCCGCAAAGUCCAUAUCUCCAUGGAAAAACUACCUAUCUCCGAGCUGUGACUGGAAGCCGUCCCAAAACUCUGUCGUCAUGAGGCCAAGAUGUGUCAUAGGGUUGGGGUUAUUGCAGGCUGAACCCGGGUAGACGCGGGGUUGCUCGAAGCUUCCGGAAAGCUUGGGCCACCUUUUGGUGUUAGCUAAGCAAAAGCCCACCUCGAAACGUCAUCUUCAUUUUGCCUUUCGCCCUGGUGAUGCACCACCGUUAAAAGUCCCUAGAUCACACAACUCCUAUUGUCGCCGUCAUCAUCGAGACAGCAUCGACCACAACCAGAAUAAUGUCGUUCACACUUACGCUCCGCGCGGGGUUCGCCCCUCGUCUGGCGAUGCAGUUUGCGAAGCCCCCGUCAGCAAUGCGCGCCUUCCAUCAAUCAGCAAAGCAGAAUACCUUCUUCACCUCGAGGACAGUACUGAGCUCCAAGAACAGUUCCAGCAACAUUCUCGCCAGACUUCGAGGCUCCUCCCGUAGUUACCAGCAGCAGAGCGGCUAUGCAUACUACGAUCCUGCAGCCCGCCGCAAGGAGACGGUGCGGAAGCUCAUCAUCGGCGGCGCCAUCUUCGGCGGCACCCUCGUCGCUGUCAAUGUCAUGUUCAACGGGGAGUCGAGAGAGGGUGGUAUGCCCAAGUUUGAGCGCCAGUAUCUCAACCAGACCUUCCUCCACACUGGUCUUGGUGUCGGUAUUAUCGGCAUGACAGCCUAUCAGAUGCUCCAAAGCGGAUUUGUCUACAGACUUAUGCAGACCAACCCUUGGGUUGUCGGCAUCGGUGGUUUGGCUCUCAGCAUUGGUUCUAUGAUUGCUACCCGCUCCGUGGACCCUGACAAUUAUGUUCCCAAGUAUGCCUUCUGGGCCGUCUUCAAUGCCACCCAGGCCGCUUUCGUUGCUCCCUUGAUGGUCAUGGCUCCCCCUGCUCUUCUUGCCCGCGCCGGUCUCUAUACAGCUGCCAUGAUGGGCUCCAUCUCGAUCGUCGGCGCUACCGCCAAGCAGGACAAGUACCUUUACAUCGGCGGUCCUCUUCUCGCCGGUGCUGCCAUUGUGGCCGUCUCUGGCUUCGCCCCUCUUGUUCUUCCCGCCACCGCCGUUCGCACACUCGCCGUCACCGAGAACCUCUGGCUCUGGGGUGGUCUGGCCGUCUUCGGUGGUUUCACUCUCUAUGACGUGCAGAAGGUCUUGCACCACGCCCGCCUGGCUGAGCGUGGCCUCAUCAAGCGCGAUCCAGUCAACGAGAGCAUCAGCCUUGAGCUUGACUUCCUCAACAUCUUUGUGCGCAUGGUCCAGAUUUUGAUGAUGCAGCAGAGGAGGAAGUAAACCUGUGGAGGAUAGGUCGGGAAAUCGAUGAUAAGAAGCGACAACAGCUGGGGGUGUUCACUAUCGGUAGAUCAGGACCGUUGCGAUCACGAAUGGGCGGCGCUUUUAAGGAAAUAGCGACUCUCUCUGCUCUCCUUGUGCGUUAUUAGGACUUGGAAAUUUGGUAUAAUUUCCUUUCUGUUGGAAUUGGGGUAACAUCAAAGGUACCAUGCAGCUGCUGAUGGCUCUCCAAAUGUGUACACAAAAAUAGUAUUAUACCAGCCUUGCUACCAAGGCCAGAAAAACAUUCUAAACAUUGCCAAAGC